AUGGCGGCGGCGAACGGCCCAUCACCUGGGAGGUUGGCUUCGGUUUACAGCGAGGUGCAGACGAGCCGCCUCCAUCACGCGCUCCGGCUCCCCUCCGUCCUCUGCUCCCAAUUCUCCCUCGUCGAUGGGCUUCCCAGCUCAGCCACCGGAAACCCAGAUGAGAUCGCGAAGCUGUUCCCUAACUUGUUUGGGCAGCCGUCGGCAACAUUGGUGCUGCCCAAAGAGGCAGUGGAGGGGAAGGCGCUGAAGGUCGGGGUGGUGCUCUCUGGUGGACAAGCACCCGGUGGGCACAAUGUGAUCUGCGGUAUCUUCGAUGUCUUGCAGGAACACGCAAAGGGAAGCACAAUGUAUGGAUUCAAAGGAGGCCGGGCAGGGGUGAUGAAGUGCAAGUAUGUCGAACUCAAUACCGAUUUCGUCUACCCCUACAGAAACCAGGGUGGAUUUGAUAUGAUCUGUAGUGGAAGGGAUAAGAUCGAGACAGUACACCAGAGCAGCAUUUUUCAACUAUGGCUAAAAUACUGCCCUUGUGGGGUCAUCCAGUUUAAGCAAGCCGAAGAUACAACCAACGAACUUGAGUUGGACGGACUUGUUGUUAUUGGAGGCGACGAUUCAAAUACUAAUGCUUGCCUUAUUGCUGAAUACUUCAGGGGAAAGAACCUGAAGACUCGUGUUAUUGGGUGUCCAAAGACAAUUGACGGAGAUCUAAAAUGCCAUGAGGUCCCAACAAGUUUUGGAUUUGACACCACUUGCAAGAUAUACUCUGAAAUGAUUGGAAACGUGAUGACUGAUGCACGAUCGUCUGGGAAAUACUACCAUUUUUGUGCCUUACAAACACACCCAAACAUUGUUCUUAUCGGGGAAGAGGUUGCUGCAAAGAAGCAGACUCUCAAAAACGUUACGGACUACAUUACUGAUAUUGUCUGUAAGCGUGCUGAACUUGGUUACAACUAUGGUGUCAUCCUUAUACCGGAGGGUUUGAUUGAUUUCAUACCCGAGGUUCAGAAACUUAUCGCCGAGUUAAAUGAAAUUUUGGCACAUGAUAUUGUUGACAAAGCAGGUGUUUGGAAAAAUAAACUUGAACAAGAAUCCAAGAAACUGUUUGAAUUUUUACCUCCAUCCAUCCAGGAGCAACUUUUGCUGGAAAGAGAUCCACAUGGAAACGUUCAAGUUGCAAAAAUUGAAACAGAGAAAAUGCUUACUGCAAUGGUUGAAACGGAAUUAGAGAGAAGAAAAGCUGAAGGAAAGUACAAGGGCGGUUUCAUUGGUCAAUCCCACUUCUUUGGGUUAUGGUGCUGGGGCUCUUCUCUAGUGUGGGAAGACGGGGUUGGUAACCUUGCUGCCCCUGUGUCCGAAUGGACCGCCGGGGGAACUGCAUUGACAUCAUUGAUGGAUGUUGAGAGGAGACAUGGCAAGUUCAAACCAGUAAUCAAGAAAGCAAUGGUAGAACUUGAAGGUGCACCAUUUAAGAAAUUUGCAUCCCUGCGAGAUGAAUGGGCCAUCAAUAAUCGAUACAUUAGCCCUGGACCCAUCCAGUUUAUUGGCUCCGGAGCAGACGCUGUCACCCACACCUUGCUACUGGAACUUGGUGUUCAAGCCUGA